GGAACCCGGAUGUACCCGUGGGGCAAUUAGCUACGUCAUUGUUCACCGCCGGACACCCGCUGGAAAUAAGGAAUGGAUUUACAACCACUAUUAACGUAUUCAUAACAGAUUCCAGCAAUGAACAAUGACCAUAGUUGACAGAUCUUCAGAAAAGUCUGACCACGAGUCAGUCGGGUGUAAGCGAUCUCCCUUCACCAGUGGAGACGUGGGGAUGGACGGUAGCUGUUCCAGCAGCUGGGCGAUGGGUCCCACCGUGCCCAGCGACUCUCCACGGCUGAAGGCUGCAGGAGGCUGCCUGGGCCCAACGCCUGGAGCUGCAGUCUACAACAGCACACCCUCCUCUGUGGACCGGUCCAAGGAGCAAGUGAUGAGCAGUGGUGAUGGCAUUGACUCGCCCCAGAAGGUCCUCUUUCCUCCAGAGCGGCUCAACCUAAAGUGGACUCAGGUUCACCGCAUUGGGGCAGGCCUGCAGAACAUGGGGAACACCUGCUUUCUCAACUCAGCCCUGCAGUGUCUCACCUACACACCUCCAUUUGCCAACUAUCUGCUGACACGGGAACACUCCAAAACAUGUCAUGAGCCGGGUUUCUGUAUGAUGUGCACAAUGCAAAACCACAUCAUUCAGGUCUUUGCAAACUCUGGAAAUGUCAUUAAGCCCAUUGGUGUGCUCAAUGAGCUCAAAAGGAUUGCAAAGCACUUCCGCUAUGGAAGCCAGGAGGAUGCCCAUGAGUUCCUGCGGUACACAGUGGAUGCUAUGCAAAAGUCCUGCUUACCUGGAGCCAAAUUGGACAGGCAAACGCAGGCAACCACUUACAUUCAUCAAGUGUUUGGCGGGUACCUAAGGUCCAGAGUUAAAUGUUUAAACUGCAAAGCAGUCUCUGAUACAUUUGACCCUUUUCUAGAUAUAACUCUGGAAAUUAAGACAACUCCUAGUGUCUCCAAGGCUCUGGAGCAGUUUGUUAAGCCAGAGCAGCUGGAUGGAGAAAAUGCCUACAAAUGCACCAAGUGUAAAAAAAUGGUCACGGCCUCGAAGAGAUUUACCAUCCACCGCAGUUCAAAUGUGCUCACCUUCUCACUCAAACGCUUUGCAAACUUUAGUGGAGGCAAAAUCACAAAGGAUGUAAAAUAUCCAGAGUUCCUGGACUUGCGGCCCUUUAUGUCUCAGUCUCAAGGAGAGCCCCAGGUCUACGGGCUGUACGCUGUGCUGGUCCACUCUGGAUUCAGCUGCCAUGCUGGACACUACUUCUGCUAUAUUAAGGCAAGCAAUGGGCAGUGGUAUCAGAUGAACGACUCCUCUGUGUCCGUCAGUGACAUCAGGUCUGUCCUCAACCAGCAGGCCUACGUCCUUUUCUACAUCAAGUCCAGUGAUGGGAAGAAAGCAGGGGACUACAGCCACAUGAGCCAUAACCCAAGCAUCCCUGGUCAGUCGUCUCCACGACCGGUGGUGAUACCACGCAUCAACACCACCGUCCACCACAACAACAACAACAUUGGCUUCAUAGGUCCACAGCUGCCACCACACAUGACCAAGCGCAAUCUCCACGUUAAUGGGAAUGGAUCUCUAAGGGACUAUCCCAACAACUCCAAGCCCAGCACCAGCAGCAGUGUUGUGGAAAAACCUAGCCAUGGACUGGCUUCUUCCUCUUCUUCCAUCUCCCACUCCAUCAGUCGACCCACGAUGAUCCCAGACCACGACAAGCGGCAGAAGCUUUCCUUCUUCAUUGGACAAGGCAAACCGAACCGUCCGUCCUCCUCCUGCUCUUACAGCCAGCCGCCCUCUGCCAGCAGCUGCUCCUCCUCCUCCAGCUCCAGCUCUUUAUCCUCCUCACAGUCUACCUCAGACGUUCGCUUUGUUCCACGUCAGCUUAACCACGGUAACGGCAUGUCUCGCAGUAACGGGGAUCACCACACGGGAGGGAAUGGAGCGUCGUUCUUGGUGCCGUACGGCCAAGAGUCUUCAGAGGAAUCGGACCAGGAGAACUGUGGCACUUUGGAGAAGGGCUUUUUGGCCAAGUCUCACUUUAAUGGAAACAAGAGAACGGGAGAAAUCUUUGAUCAUUCUACUCAAGCCACCAACGGACAGUCAGGAGUGCACCACAAUGGUAAUGGAUUAAAUGGACCAACCAACGGUAUCUCUGAACCCAGUCAAAACGGGCACCAUUAUGAACACCACAAAGUGAACGGACACAACACCCCCGAUAAAGUCUCUGGCAGUAAUCAUGGAAGUUCAUCCUCUGUGACUACUGUUGCUGCUAAUGGACUAGACAGUGACCAAAGUCAAACAAGCAAAGAGGCACAUAGUUCCGCCUCGUCCCAGGCCAGUUCUUCUCAGAGCAUCCACCCUGCUGCCAGUGAAAGCCAGAACCUCUCCGCUCCUGACACAAGGGCUAAGGAUGUGUCUGAACCGCUCCCUCAGCAUACAGCAUCCUCCACUGUCAGCUCUCCACCCUCAGCUGCUGCUACAAAGACCCAUUCUGUCUCAUCGAAAGAAUCUGCUUCCUCUUCUGCUCGGCAUUGUAACCCUACUGCCUUAUCCAUCCCGCCAGACUGCUCCCAAAACAUCAAUGGGGCCUCUGCAGCUCCAGAGAAAGUUAGCAGAGGUGGGGAGGAAGCCAGAGAUGCACCACAGACCAGUGAUCUGUCAGCAGAAACUGAAGGACGCACAGAUUCUAAGGAGCAAGACCAGUCUAAGCCCAGUUCUAGAGGCAAUGAAGUACACACAUACCCAGACAGGGAGAGAGACAGACUGCACUCUGACUGCAGCAGAGAAAAAGAGCGACACUACAGGGACAGGAGUCAGGAGCGAGAAAGUGGUGGUGAUCGGCAUCGUCACAGACGGGACUCCAGAGAUCCCCACCACCAUCAGCGCCCGUACAAGGAUCGUUUUCCUCCUCACAAUCGUUCCUUCAGGGACUGGGAGCCUGAGCAUCGCUGGGAGCGGACCCUCCACCACCCUAGGGAGCGUGAUCGUGACAGGUGCUCUAACCAUUACCACCACUAUCACAACCGCCGCUACAGAGAUGACUGGGACCGUGAGCGGAGGGGACACGGCUAUCCCUACAGCGAGAAGUCUCAUGGCCGAGGGAGGUGGCAGCCAGACACUCGAGAAUCCCGGGUGAUGAAGGACAAGAGCAAUGGCAGGGAGAGGGACUAUUAUCCGUCAAAAGAGGAUAAUUCCUCGCCUGCCACAGAGCCGGAGACCUCCACAAAGUCCAAGGGCUCGUCCCCUCAGGCUCGUCUCUCCUCGUCUGAGUCAGCUCUAAAAGGGGAGGAUCAGAAUCACAAAAGGACGACUGACCCUCUGAGCAAGCAGAGGGAUGACAGCUCUGAGGCCCGCCGCUCUCGAAAACACAAAAAGAGCAAGAAAAAGAAGAAGUCAAAGGAUAAAGACCGGCACCGUGAGAGCGGAAGCUCCGAAGUGGAUUCAGACGGAGCCAAUGAAACAAAAAAGAAGAAGAAAAAGAGGAGACAGCGGGACAGCGAGCAGCCGAGCCCAGGAGCAGGGCGGAGCCACAAGAGCAGAAGCAGCGAGAAGGAAAGCCGCAAGCGACGCUAUGACGACGUCAAGGAGGCGAAACGUGACAAUGCUUCUUUGCCAGAGAAGCGAAGGUGCUCCGACUACGCUGAUGGCAGCAGAGAACAUCUACCCUCCUCCAACCACACCUCACCCACAAACGGUUCAACUCACCACCAUCUCAACGGAUACAAAGGAAAUGGUUAUGGCCAAAUCAAUGGUGACUCCCAUGGAUUCUCCAGUGGCUUGAAACACUGACUCUACGCAUCAACACCAUUUUAGCAACAGCAGAGGAAUGACAGCUAAGACUUUCUUUUGACGUGGUGCUUCUUCCUUGGGAGCAUAUUGUAUUUUUACCACAACAAAAGUGUUUUAACUGUUCAGAAAUCUUUUUUUAAGGCAGAUUUAUUUGCCGUAAUUCUUCUAACUAUUGGAAGGAGGGAAAAAAACGGUCACCCGAUGAAAAAUAUUAAUAUAUACUUGUAUGAACACAAACAAAUCCUGGAGCUUAAACAUGUCAACUGCUGCUCAGUGGAUCUCAGGACUUGUUCACAUCCAUCGCGGAUAUCCACCUGCUUCAUGAGAGUGGAACUAAAGGGAAACGUGUUGCCGAGGAGACGAAGGUACCGGCUGCAGGUUUAAGAUGUCACCAUAUCUACACAGCUGCAAUGUCUGAGUUUCUUUUUUUUCAAUCCCACUGGGAGAGGACACACUUAUGGAGGGAGAUGUUAAUGAAUGAGACAGAGGAGCGCAGUGGAGGCUUCGCUGACUGACCCGCCACAUUCUGGACAGACUUGAGGACAUUUCCCAGCUUUUAAUUUGGUUUAUAUUGUUGCUCUGAAGCCUAAGAUUCACCCUGUAAUUUUUUUUAAACUUUUUUCACAGAUAGUUUUUUUUUUUCUCUGGAUCAUGCCUCUCAUUCUUUUUUUAAUUUUAUUUUUAAACAUUUAAAAACAAAAACAAAAAGCAUCGAUGUGUUAUCAUGGCUGUGGACCAUUUGUGUUUGCUUUUUAAUGAAAAAUACAGUUUGUGUCUUCUAGCGUCAUAAAAAUACUGUGAAUUUAAUUUUCAACUGUACUAUCAGUUACUUUUAUAUGUAAAAAUCCUGUAUCAGGGUUAUCAGUAGAUGUUUUGCUUUGUUUUUAAAAACAUUCAUGUUCAAUUUGACCAUAUUUUCUGGACAAAAGUUGGGAAUGAGUAUGGCUUUCCUUUCCCCCCAAAUUUAGACAGUAGUUGAACAACUGCUGUUAUACCUUUUUUAGUUUAGCAUGUCAGAAUUUAUACAUUGUAUAAGGUAAAAAGCCUUAAAAUACAUUUGUUAAUGUCAGAAAUUGUAAAUUGUUUUUCGUCUUUGACUUUGUUUACAAGCUGUGUUGAAAUGAAUGAAACAUGUUGAUUGAGAUGACUGACGAGUUGUCAGGGA